AUGGCCACCUACCGUAUGCUGGCCCUGCUGCUCUUUAUCCUCAUCAACCACGUCGUCGUGGGCAAAAAGUACGAGGAGCCUAUUCCCUUCUCCCGCGGCUCAGACGUCGACCUCUGGCAGCUCGGCUCAGAACUGGCCUCUACCGCUUCUGAGUCUCCAAAAGAGGAGGAAACCUUGGAAACCGACGAGCCGGCUCCUGCUGCUCCUGCUGAACCGGCCGCGGAGAAGAAGGCUCCGAAAACCGACCAGAAAUCCGCUCGUGCUCAACCGGCUCCUGCUAGCGCUUCGCAACCGGCCGCAGUGAAGAAAACUCAGAAGACUGACCAGAAACCCAGUCGUGCUCAGCCGGCUCCUGCUAGCGCUUCUGAACCGGCCGCAGAGAGGAAGGCUCUGGAUAUCGACAAGAAACCCACUCGUGCUCAGCCGGCUGAGGCUGGCGCUUCUAAACCGGCUGCCGAGAAGAAGGCUCUGGAUAUCGACAAGGCCAGUAAACCCACUCGUGCUCAGCCGGCUGAGGCUAGCGCUUCUAAACCGGCUGCCGAGAAAAAGGCUCUGGAUAUCGACAAGGUCAAGUUCUUGAAUGACCCGCCGGAUCUCGAGAUACGCUCCGAUUCGGUUCUGAUCUACGAGUUCAAUCGUGACGGCAACUUGGUGACCCGCGACUUCAACGAUGCUGAUAUGAAACGACUAGGGUGGAGUUAUGUUCGAAAA